UGCAUGCAAGGGCACUCAGUGCAUGCAAGGGCACUCAGUGCAUGCAAGGGCACUCAUGCCACACCCUCAUGCCACACCCUCACGCCACACCCUCAUGCCACACCCUCAUGCCACACCCUCAUGCCACACACUCAUGCCACACCCUCAUGCCGCACCCUCACGCCACACGCUCAUGCCACACCCUCACGCCUCACCCUCAUGCCACACCCUCAUGCCACACCCUCGUGCCACACCCUCGUGCCACACCCUCGUGCCACACCCUCAUGCAUCACCCUCAUGCCACACCCUCAUGCCGCACCCUCAUGCCGCACCCUCAUGCCGCACCCUCACGCCACACCCUCAUGCCACACCCUCAUGCCACACCCUCAUGCCGCAUCCUCAUGCCACACCCUCACGCCACACCCUCAUGCCACACCCUCAUGCCACACCCUCACGCCUCACCCUCAUGCCGCACCCUCACGCCACACCCUCAUGCCACACCCUCAUGCCGCACCCUCAUGCCACACCCUCGUGCAACACCCUCAUGCCACACCCUCAUACCGCACCCUCAUGCCACACCCUCGUGCCACACCCUCAUGCCACACCCUCACGCCUCACCCUCACGCCACACCCUCAUGCCGCACCCUCAUGCCGCACCCUCAUGCCACACCCUCACGCCACACCCUCAUGCAUCACCCUCAUGCCACACCCUCAUGCCACACCCUCAUGCCGCAUCCUCAUGCCACACCCUCAUGCCACACCCUCACGCCUCACCCUCAUGCCGCACCCUCACGCCACACCCUCACGCCACACCCUCGUGCCACACCCUCAUGCCACACCCUCAUGCCGCACCCUCAUGCCGCACCCUCAUGCCACACCCUCACGCCACACCCUCAUGCAUCACCCUCAUGCCACACCCUCAUGCCUCACCCUCAUGCCGCACCCUCAUGCCGCACCCUCACGCCACACCCUCAUGCCACACCCUCAUGCCGCAUCCUCAUGCCGCACCCUCACGCCACACCCUCAUGCCACACCCUCAUGCCACACCCUCAUGCCGCACCCUCACGCCACACCCUCAUGCCACACCCUCAUGCCACACCCUCACGCCACACCCUCACGCCUCACCCUCAUGCCGCACCCUCAUGCCGCACCCUCACGCCACACCCUCAUGCCACACCCUCAUGCCGCACCCUCAUGCCGCAUCCUCAUGCCGCACCCUCACGCCACACCCUCAUGCCACACCCUCAUGCCACACCCUCAUGCCGCACCCUCACGCCACACCCUCAUGCCACACCCUCAUGCCACACCCUCACGCCACACCCUCACGCCUCACCCUCAUGCCGCACCCUCAUGCCGCACCCUCACGCCACACCCUCAUGCCACACCCUCAUUCCGCACCCUCAUGCCGCAUCCUCAUGCCACACCCUCACGCCACACCCUCAUGCCACACCCUCAUGCCACACCCUAGGCUUGAGCAAGGUGGCGAACACCUACCCUCAUGCCACACCCUCAUGCCACACCCUCACGCCUCACCCUCACGCCACACCCUCACGCCACACCCUCAUGCCGCACCCUCAUGCCACACCAUCACGCCACACCCUGAUGCCACACCCUCAUGCCACACCCUCACGCCACACCCUCAUGCCACACCCUCAUGCCACACCCUCAUGCCGCACCCUCAUGCCACACCCUCACGCCACACCCUCAUACCACACCCUCAUGCCACACCCUCAUGCCACACCCUCAUGCCACACCCUCAUGCCGCACCCUCACGCCACACCCUCAUGCCACACCCUCAUGCCACACCCUCACGCCACACCCUCACGCCUCACCCUCAUGCCGCACCCUCAUGCCGCACCCUCACGCCACACCCUCAUGCCACACCCUCAUGCCGCACCCUCAUGCCGCAUCCUCAUGCCACACCCUCACGCCACACCCUCAUGCCACACCCUCAUGCCACACCCUCCCGCCUCACCCUCAUGCCGCACCCUCACGCCACACCCUCAUGCCACACCCUCAUGCCGCACCCUCAUGCCACACCCUUACGCCACACCCUCAUACCACACCCUCAUGCCACACCCUCAUUCCACACCCUCACGCCUCACCCUCACGCCACACCCUCACGCCACACCCUCAUACCGCACCCUCAUGCCACACCAUCACGCCACACCCUGA